AUGAACAUAAACAUGUUGGGGGUGCGGAUGUACGCUAAGGACUCGAAGUACAGAAAUAUCGAUGAAUUCAAUAAGUUCAAAACCGAGUUCAAGUUUGGUGACGGAGUACAAGAGCAUGUUUCUGAAGGCUCCAACACCAAAGAAAUCCACUCGCGGAUCGCCGAACAACAAGAGGAAGAAAAGCAGCAGAGUAUCAAUGAGCUUCUUGAAAGUGAUCCUCGUUUGCUGCAACUUGAGUACGGAUCACCAGAGUACAAAGAGAUGCUCUUUCGAAUCAGUGAGGAGUUCAGACGAAAAGAGCGCAAAAAUCGGCAACGAUACGAGAGCCGUGAGAGGUUCAAGGCGGUUGGGUACGGAAUCGCCGCCAUCGUCGGUAUUGCAUCUCUCCAUCAGUUUAUAUUUCACUACCAAUGGUAUAAAUCUGUGUUCAACAAGUCGAGCUACGAUGUGGACGAAUCACAAGUGAAAACAACCGUCACCAACGUUAAAAAGCUUGGUUAUAUGCAAGGCAAGUUACAGCAGAUGUUAGACGCUUCGUUUUUGGGGUCAGUUCUCAACUCUGAACAGAACCUGGGGUUGUAUGUGUUUGGUUCUCACAAUGGCAGCAAGUUGCCAAUCAGAAUUGAGUUUUUCGAUCAUAUGCUUUUGAAGGAUGUCCAGAUCUCAGGGGACUUUUUGGUUGCAGUUGCAGACAAUGGCAAGGUGUACCAGUAUACUAAGACCAUGAAACAACCAGAGUUAGUUCGUUUGCCUAGCAAAAUAGAGCUGUGUAAAAUUUCUCAAGGGUUUGUGUAUUUUUUAACUGUGCUGGGACAAGUUGUCUAUGCUCCUAGACCCGAUAAAGAGGUGCAGUUCAUCUCCCCUCAAUCCAGAAACUGGGUGGGUAUCAAACGUGAUGAUGGGUACAGCUCUCUUGACCUUUCUGACUUCAACAGAGGUGAAAAGGUGAAUGAGAUGUCCGCUGGAGACAACCACAUGUUGCUUCUCACAAACCAGGGCAGACUAUUCAACUUAAAGACCGCAGAAGGACCCAACUAUGGCCAAUUUGGAACUCCUGCCUUCGCUCCUGUUAAAAACUCGGAAGUCCCUGUUAAUGAGGUAUUCCCAUUGACGUCCUUGAAUAAUGAGCUUGUUUCUGAUGGAGAUGCUAGGUUCCUUCGUCCCCGUACUUUCACCCACAUCGCUAGUGGUAGCUUUCAUAAUUUGGCUUCUGACUCCAAUGGUGAUAUCUGGUGUUGGGGCAAAAACUCUCAUGGACAAUGUGGGAUGAACGUCACCCAUAAGAGUGAUGUGCAACCAAUUCCGCAGAAAGUGUUUAGUUUCACAGACUUCAAGAAGAUCUUGAAGACAGAAGUCUUGAGAGUAGAAAAGCUUGAUUGCAGUGAGGAAACCAGUUAUGUUAUGCUUAAGAACAAAAAUGAAACCGAUGUUUUACUAAGCUUCGGAAAUGGUAUAAAAGGACAACUCGGUAUCAGCAGAUAUUUACAUCUCUCUAACGUUCCUUUGGUGGUCAAGACAUUAAACUUGAAGGAGUUUAAUGAGACCACCAACAAGGUACAAGAUAUUGGUAUCAAGGAAAUCAGCAGUGGUCUCAACCAUACCAUUGUCAAAUUGGACAAUGUUGGAUCUAAAAAGGAUAUCAUGAUUUUUGGUGAUAACGAAUUUGGCCAGUUCGGAAAUGGGAAAUUGAUCCGAAGCUCCAAGCCCGUACCGAUUCCUGAGUUGAUUGAACCUCACGAUAUCGUUGAUAUCGAAAAUAUGGAAACCAUGAAACUGUUGACCAAAAGAGUGUUUGAUCCAGAUAACAGACUCUCUUUGAAAGAGCUGUUGAAGAUAAACGGUACCACCGUUGAGCAAGUGAUCAAGGCCACUGGCAACAGUUCUGUGAUCUACUACAAACGUAAGUAG